GAGGCUUCCUUGGGGAGAGGAAUUUGGCUGCUGGUGUCAGAGCUGGAGUCACUUAGGUCCCGUGAGCAGUGAGGGUGUGCCCAGCUCUGCAGGAGAGAGAAGGCCAUUCUCAAGGCCAAGGCCGUUUGCAGAGGAGGGAGAACUGGACACCGGUCAGAUCUGGGGACUAGGCAAGAAGCUUGCUCUUCUUUCUCGGAGGAGCCAAAGGAAUAUCCAUCCUGCCUGGUCUACUCCAGACUCUGACCUCCACUCCUACCACAUCUCCAGCUCCCCAAGGCACACCAUGGACUCAGCAGCCAAGGACAAAAUCCAGCCCACACUUCUUCCUGGCUCUUCCUGUCCAGGGCCUGAGUGGCCAGAGCAGGAGAGGGCAGAACAGCUGGCUCGGGGUGCUGCACUCAAGUGGGCUUCAGGCAUCUUCUACCGGCCGGAGCAGCUGGCCCGGCUGAGCCAGUACCGCAGCCGGGAAGUGCAGCGUAACUGUUUCCUGGAAGCUCGGAUCAAGUCAGUGGUACAGUCAUACCUGGAAGGUGUACAGACUGGUGUGUGGCAACUGGCUCGAGCCCUUGAGGCUGUGCAGGGAACUCGUGAAGCCCUGAGCCAGGCCCAUCACCUACUCCAGGAGUUGUCUCAGACCUCACAGACCCUGGCGCCCCUGAGGGAACGUGUUGUCCAGCACAAGCAACUCCAGGUCCUGACUCAGUUGCUGCCAAGACUACAAGCGGUGCCAGCUGCAGUGGCCCACACACAGACCCUGAUUGAUGCUCAGCGAUUCUUGGAGGCAUAUGUGAGCCUGCGGGAGCUAGAGCAGCUGCAAGAGGAGACAUGGGCACCCCUAGGAGGACUGCAGUUGCCAAUCUUCCAGGGACUGGGCCUUCUGGCCGAGGCAUUGGGCCAAGCAGUGGAGGCAGCUGCGGGAGCUGCAGGACGACUAGCGCGUGAGGAUCCAGCCCUGCUGGUAGCUGCCCUCCGUGUGGCAGAGGUGGAGACUGAGCGUACAAUCCUGGGGCAGGCACCGCGAGACUGGCGACAGCGCUGUCUUCGGGCACUCCAGGAGGGCCUGGAGCGGAUCCAUUUCUCAUCACCUGGGCUGCCUGAGCCAGGGGCCCUAGCAAGGUGGCUUGAGGCUCUGCAGGUAGCUCUGCCUGCUGAGUUGGCAACAGCUGAGGCACUAGUGGCACCCUGCUGCCCACCAAACUACAAUGUGGUGCAGCUUUGGGCCCACACCCUGCACAGUGGCCUGCGCCGCAGUGUGCAACAACUCCUCUCAAGGCCUGAGCUGGGAGCUGCGGACGCCUUUGCCUUGCUGCACUGGGCAUUGCAUGUGUACAUGGGGGAAGAAAUGAUGGGGAACUUGGAACUAGGGCCUGAGGCUGAUGUGUCCCAGCUAGAGCCCCUCCUGACCUCAGAGAACAUGGAGCAGCUGGAGGCAGCAUUUGUGGCCCAAGUCCAGGUGAGUGUGGCUCAGUGGCUGCAGAAGGCACUAGAUGGGGAGGUAGCUGAGUGGAGCAAGGAGCAGGAGCCCAACACAGACCCAUCCGGCUUCUACCACUCACCAAUGCCAGCCAUUGUACUGCAGAUCCUGGCUGAGAACAUUCAAGUGACCAGCCUGAUCAGUGACUCACUGCAUCGGCGGGUCCAUGACAUGGCACUGUCAGAACUGGCCGCAUUCUUGAGGAGCUUCAGUGAUGCUCUCAUCCGAUUCUCUCGAGACCACCUCAGGGGAGCAGCCCCUCACUAUGUGCCCUACCUACUGGCUGCCUUCAACCACCAAUCAGCACUGAGCUCUUCGUUAUCCGUCCUGCUGCCCGACGGAGAAGCUUCAGGGGUCUUGGCUCCAAUAGAAUCCGCGCUGGAUGACGUACAGAGGAGGAUCUGCCGCCUGGUGUUGGAAGCACUCCAGGUUGAGCUCCAGCCCCUGUUCGCGUCUCUUCCUUCGCGCCAUUGGCUAUCGAGUUCUGAGCUGUUGCACGGUGUGUGUGAGCAGACGUCGCACUUCUGCCAAGAUUUCUGGCGUGUGCGGAAGCCUGCUGUUCAGGUGGAGCAGGGAGACGGAGGCUGGGGAAGGGGCACUGCCGAUGGGAAUCUGUACUCACACUGGUUACCUGUCCUGCAGCUGCUGCUGGCGGAGGCGGAACGAACCGUGGUGUUGCAAUACCUACGCGCGCUGCUGCAGGGCCGCCUCGUGUGCCGCGGGGCGGACGAGCGGACCCAGGCGGCGGAGCGCCUUCGGCACGAUGCUGCCCAGCUUAAGGAGCUUUUCCUGGGUCUGGGCCUGGAGGAGAGCGCUCACUGCGCGCCGGUGCUGCUCGCGCUGGGGGAACUGCUCAACCUCCACGAUCCCACGCUGCUUGGCCUCGAGGUGGCAGGCUUGAGGCAAAAAUUUCCCGACGUGAGCGAGGAUCAUGUCUCCGCCCUCUUGGACCUGCGCGGGGACGUGUCCCGAGAGCAUCGCCAGGCUGCGCUCAGCUCUCUGCAGGCCGGCCCACCGCCCUCACCUACUGGCCGCCCUGCACUCUUCAGCCUCGUACCCACGCCUACGCCCUCGCUGUCCUCCUGCCUCCCCUCGGGUCCCUGCUCCUGACCCCGUCUGUCUGCGUAAUAAAGCCACGUCCACCGCG